AUGAAUGUGACUAACCCUAUCGCAAUCAAUGGAGCACGUACUCGUUUAACCACCGCUCAUAAAAGUGCACUAGAACGUGAGAAAUGUCCACCCCAGUACCCUAGAGUGCUCGCAAACUUGCUCAGUAGAGUACCCGACGAUCCAACACAGCCUAAAUCUAAAGCAAAUUCUACAGAUUCCGAAACAGCAACCACUAGUUCCAAUAUAACAAACACACUCGCCAUAACUAUUAGUUCGCCCGCAGAUAUACAAACAUCUGCUAGGUCAGAGAGUGAUCAUAUGGAAGUACAAUCAGAGAUCACUAAAUUAUCAUCAGACCUCAAACGUAAGUGUCAAAGCGAUAGCGAUAACGAACGAGCUAGAACUAGACUCGAAGGCAAUGAUGAUACAUCAUCAAGCGAUAACGAACGAGCUAGAACUAGACUCGAAGGCAAUGACGAUGAAUCGUUAGAUACUAUGUCUGAAGAUGAAUUGGUCGCAGUCUUAGGAGAUGGGUUUAACUCACCACCAAUCAGUGAUCCAGAAGCGAGAAAGGAACUCUCUGACUUUAUACAAACCCGUACUGAUAGUAAGAUGAAAUCGCAAUGA